AUGGGUAUCUCUCGUGACUCUCGCCACAAGCGCUCCGCUUCAGGUGCGAAGAGGGCAUACUACCGCAAGAAGAGGGCUUUCGAGAAGGGCCGCCAGCCUGCCAACACCCGUAUUGGCACAAAGCGUGUCCAUCUUGUCCGCACUCGUGGCGGCAACCGCAAGUUCCGUGCUCUGCGUCUCGAGGCCGGCAACUUCUCCUGGGGCUCCGAGGGCAUCGCCAAGAAGACCCGUGUCAUUGGUGUCGUCUACCACCCCUCCAACAACGAGCUCGUCCGUACCAACACCCUGACCCGCUCCGCCGUCGUCCAGAUCGAUGCUGCUCCAUUCCGACAAUGGUACGAGGCCCACUAUGGUGUUUCCCUCGGCCGCAGGAGGCAGGCCAAGGCCGGUGAGAAGGUCGAGGACAUCAAGAAGUCAAAGUCUGUCGCCGACAAGCAGGCGGAGCGUCUGAAGACCUCUGGCAAGAUUGAGAACGCCGUUGAGAAGCAGUUCGAGGCCGGUCGUCUGUACGCCGUUGUCUCCUCCCGUCCCGGCCAGAGCGGUCGCUGCGAUGGGUACGUCCUCGAGGGUGAGGAGCUCGCUUUCUACCAGCGUCUCCUCAGGAAGUAG